CAGCAAUUAGAUAGAUUGCUGCAGUGGUUGAUAGGAGGUAAAUUAUAAUCCAACCUGUGCACAUGACUUCCACAAUUAUCUACAUAUAGAUAAUAAAUCUGUUCCCUAUUUAGACAUUAAUAGAUACGUUGACCGGAGAUGACAGAUAUAUUCACGGUUAUACCUACUCCUUACAUAUGUACACAUCCUUCACGUGACUCGGUUGACAUCACAUGACGUCGAGAUAGCGACACAAGUUCCAAGUUGACAGAAAGAUGUAGACAGCUAACGUGACAGGAUGACAGCCUUUUCCCAACACUUCAAAAUGUCACAGCAGCAUUAUCGGACACUGUCCCGGCUGAGUGUCGUUGUGGCGAGUGGUGUAGUCGUACUGUUAUGUAACCGAAUUGUGGGGUUGUUUGAUUCACCGCACACCUGGGCAGGUAUGUCUCCAAAUGGACAAAGUCACACUGCACGGGGUCUGAAAUGGAUCGGGGAAGACCCCUUGUUGAAACCACACAACUUAAGGGACGACAGUAAUGUGGAGUGUCGUGAUUUCCACACAAUGCCUAAUGUGACGGACAUCUGUAAGUUUGUGAACGCCACAGAUGACUGCCAGAUCGGCGAGGGUUUCAUCGACUACACCGUGUUUGUGUAUUGCACUCUGGGUAAUCUGGUUCCACUGGCGCUGGUCAUACUUUUUAUGUGGUGGCUGUUCCUGUUCAUCUGUCUGGCGGUCACUGCGGAUGACUUUUUCUGUCCGUCGCUGACCGUCAUAUCGAAGACCCUGAGGCUCAGUCACAAUGUGGCCGGGGUGACAUUUCUGGCAUUUGGAAAUGGAGCCCCAGACAUUUUCUCCGCCAUCGCAGCUAUUGGCAGCGCCAAGAAUGGUGACGCAGGAAUGGCAGUGGGAGCUCUGUUCGGUGCGGGUGUAUUUGUGACGACCGUAGUUGCUGGGGUCAUUGCUGUUGUCUGCCCCUUCGAUGCCAUGCAACGCCCCUUCCUCCGUGAUGUCAUCUUCUACCUGGCUGCUGCUUUCUGGACUUUCUACAUUCUGUGGAAGAAAACGAUAACAAAGUUUGAAGCAUUAGGCUUCAUAGGCCUGUAUGUGUUCUAUGUGCUUGUGGUCGUCAUCGGCAGAUAUAUAUACCAGCGGGAACGGCAGCGACCUGAGGAGCAGACGAUCAUAGUGGCGCCACCAAGUGAGAAAUCAGAUACAGGGGACCUGGGAGAUUCAGAGGACGGUCCCCUCCGUUCUGCAUUGUCUGACAAUGGAGCAGAUGGCACCAACUCGUCUCCGAAUCCCUAUAACAUUCAGGAAGAACUGUUGCAAGCCACCGUUUCCAUAGACACCAGAGCCUCAGCUCUUGAAAGAAGCCCGCUACUGGAACAUGCCCAGGUUGAAAACUACACUCUGCCAAAGAAGAGUUCUUCAGAAGGGGAAGACAACUCUACAUUCAUGGAAUUCCUAGAAGCUGUAAACCCCAUUGAUAUAGAGAACUGGCCUGACAAGAGAUUUUAUUCAAAAGGUUAUGAAAUUUUCAAGUGCCCAAUCCUGCUGUUGCUGAAACUCACCAUCCCUGUGGUGGACUACGACUGCGGCGACGACAACCACAACUGGAACAGACACCUCAACUCCCUACACUGCCUCACUGGGCCUGUGUUCGGAGUUCUCGCUACUAAAGUUGGGUUUAUGAAGCUGGGCGGUGUGUUCCCUAUGUGGGGCCUGGUGAUGGUCGUGGGGGCCGUCCUCAGCCUCACAGUCUUUUGUGUCACGGGGAACGACAACAAGCCCAGAUUCCACGCAGUGUUUGCCUACUUGGGUUUCGUUGUCGCUGUCGUCUGGAUCUACUCCGUCGCUAACGAGAUUGUCAACAUUCUGCAGACGUUUGGCAUAGUGUUCAACAUCAGUAAUGCUAUCCUGGGGCUGACGUUCCUGGCCUGGGGCAACAGUGUCGGAGAUCUCAUAGCUGACUUCGCCAUGGCGCGGCAAGGGUACCCCAGGAUGGGCAUCUCGGCCUGCUUCGGUGGGCCACUGUUCAACAUGUUGCUUGGCAUCGGAAUCCCCUUCACUAUUGGGACGUUCAAGAGGGGAGGCAACUACGAGCUUCGACUGACGCUGGUGGAGCUGAUCCUCGCUGGCUUCCUCUGUCUCAGUCUUGUGUCCUCACUCAUCAUUGUGCCUCUGUCCAAGUUCCGAAUGUCAAGGCCGUACGGAAUAUUCCUCUUUAUCCUAUACGGGGUCUUCAUUGUGGUGGCCAUGUUGGCAGAAACCAAUGUCAUCCAUGCCAACGUGUGAUGGGUUCUUGCAGCCGUCUCCAUGACAACAGAUUAUAUUGCAGCAAUCACCAUGACAACAGAUCCACACUGCUACCAUGUCAUGGUUGAUACAUUCCAGACAGCCGUUGCCAGGAUAUACCUGCCUUGGUACUCAGUUGAACUUUGUAUUGGUUUCUUUUGAACUGUUGCCAUGGUAACAUGCACACAUAGAAAAAAAACAAUCUACCCCCGUAGCUUUCUAUUCAGUUAUUAUCUCGGAAAAUACAGACGGUUUGUGGUCUCUGUCUGUGUCUUUGAACCUGUGUGUGUGUGACUGUGGUUUUUCGUGAGCCUCUGUGGGUCUUUUUGGGUCUUUGUGAGCCUGUGUUGGUGACUACGGGUCUCUGUGACCCCAUCGGUCUUUAUGAGCCUCUGUGGGUCUCUUUGAGCCUGUGGGUCUUUGUGAGUCUGUGUGUGACUGUGGGUCUCUGUGAGCCUGUGAGUCUAUGUGAGCCUGUGGGUCUUUGUGAGCCUGUGUGGGUCUCUGUGAGUCGGUGUGAGUGACUGUGGGUCUCUGUAAGCCUGUGUUGGUGACUGUGGGUCUCUGUGAGCCUGUGUGGGUCUCUGACUGUGUUGGUGAAUGUGGAUCUCUGUAAGCCUGUGUUGGUGACUGUGGGUCUCUGUAAGCCUGUGUUGGUGAAUGUGGGUCUCUGUGAGCCUGUGUGGGUCUCUGACUGUGUUGGUGAAUGUGGAUCUCUGUAAGCCUGUGUUGGUGACUGUGGGUCUCUGUAAGCCUGUGUUGGUGAAUGUGGGUCUCUGUGAGCCUGUGUGGGUCUCUGUGUUGGUGAAUGUGGAUCUCUGUAAGCCUGUGUUGGUGACUGUGGGUCUCUGUAAGCCUGUGUUGGUGAAUGUGGGUCUCUGUGAGCCUGUGUGGGUGACUGGGUCUCUGUGAACCUUUGUGGGUCACUGACUGUGAGUGACUGUGGGUUUAUGUGAGUGAAUGUGGGUUUCUUUGAGCCUGUGUUGGUGAAUGUGGGUCUCUGUGAGCCUGUGUGGGUCUCUGACUGUGUGAGUGACUGUGGGUCUGCGUGAGUGAGCCUGUGGGUGUCAUGUUGAUGUUUACUUAUGAAAGUUCAAUAGAAUUAGAUGUACAUUGUAUUUAUGUAUAUUUAUGAUGUGUUAUACAUUGAUAUACUCCCAUGCCAGUGUGAUAUAGAACAUACUGAUAUACAGUGUUCAUGUAAUAUAGAGCAUGUAUAUUAUGUUACAUUAUAUAUCUUUAAUGUUAAAGAAAAACUAUCCUGAUGCACACAAUACUCUCAUGAUUCUGUCUCAGAUCUCAUUUCUAUUUAAUACUACAUUUUGGAUAGUCUUGUAUCAUGAUAUAGGUCCAUAUGUAUCGUGUCUUGUAUUGAAGACCAUGUAUCAUGGAGCACAUCAGUUUGGGUGUAUCAUUACGUCCUUGAUAACGAAUGCCACAAUGUUGGCACAGUCCUGAGUAUUGGUUGGUAGAUUAAUAAGUGAAAGUUAGAAUGGCCUUUCUCAUUUGAAUUAUUAAUACCAUAACAAUUAAUAUGAUUAGGGUUAUUUUGUUAACAAUAUCUUUAUAUCAGUUUGAGUGAGAAAUAAUAUGAAAUAUGGAUGGAAUGUCAAAUACUUGAUAUCCUUCUCCACAAACACGAAUAUUCCUCAUACAACACGUGUCACAGCCUUGUAGGGACCUACUCUACUUCAACGCCACUAUCAUGUUCAAUGACUUAAUACCAUGCAGCUGAAUUAAGUUUGUAUUCUGUUUAAGAAGUUCUUUAUAGUCAUCAAGUGUUUUAUUACAAUUGCUUUUCUAAUAGGAGGACAUGGAUGUCUUUGUCUUCCUGGUAUUUUGAAUCACUCAUGUUUUGUCGGUGAGUUUGUGAUAAGUGUCAUGUAUGUUUAUAUCCUGUAUACAUUACCUCCCUGUCAAAAAUUAAACAAGUAUAUCCCAUCAAAUGUUCAUGAGGAAAAUGAGGAACAGGUGUCCCAGUUGUCUAACGUGCAGAGUUGUGUCCCCUGGGCAUGUCAGAAACCUAUGACCGUGGGUUAGAAUUCUGGGAUGCCCGAUUAUGUUUCUAGGUUUGUCAGCACCAUGUCCCUGCUUGUGGAUUUCACAAAAGUGGGAAACGUCCAAGACCUGCUUCACUUCGGGCUUUCCUUCCACAUUAAGUGAUGUAACUAGAUACUGUUCAUAGUGGAGUUAAACCCAACUCAUAAUGAAAAGGGAUUAUUCUAAGAAACCAUGUGUUUCUGUAAACAGGGGCUUGUGUCCUUACCAUAUAGAUAACUCUAUAAAUUCUUUUACUUUUGGGGUGGGGAGGGGUUGGAUAGUAGAGGAUAGCUCAAGAGAGCUUUUCCUUUUCCCAAGAGCAGGGGACAUAACUCUGUAUGGAGAAUCAAUCUACUAAUUAUUUGCUCUGUUUUGAGGGGUGUUUGGCUGGGCCUUAGCAAGAUCUAGCCACUGUUUACCAGCUGGUGUAUGCUGUCAGUGUCACACACACACCCUGAAACUCCCCCGUCGCACAAUACUCGUACCAGGUGCAAUAAAUAUAUGAAUAAAGAUUAUUUUUCUUAA